CCGGAAGCCCGCGAAGUUGUUCUUCGGAAGGCGUGCCCGCCCCCACUGGGGCGGGGACUCAGCUUCUCCCGCGGGGACCUGGCGACACCCAUGAGGACUCGCGACUGAACCCGGGGCGACACGUGGUCUCGGGCCGGGAGCCAUGGACGGCUUCAUCCGCUUCACCAACCAAACCCAGGGCCGGGACCGACUCUUCAGAGCCACUCAAUACACAUGCAUGUUGCUUAGAUAUUUGUUAGAGCCUAAAGCUGGCAAAGAGAAGGUGGUAAUGAAGCUCAAGAAACUGGAGUCCAGUGUGAGCACUGGCCGUAAAUGGUUCAGAUUAGGCAAUGUGUUACAUGCUGUGCAGGCGACUCAGCAGAGCGUUCGUGCCACUGACCUGGUACCCCGCUUAUGCCUAACGUUAGCCAACGUGAACCGUGUGAUUUAUUUCAUCUGUGAUACCAUCCUCUGGGUGAGGAGCGUAGGGCUUGCCUCUGGCAUUAACAAAGAGAAAUGGCGCCUGUGGGCUGCCCGCCAUUACUACUAUUCUCUCCUGCUGAGCCUGGCCAGGGAUCUGUAUGAAAUCUCCCUGCAGAUGGAACAGGCUGCACAUGACAGGGCAAAGAGGGAGAAGUCACUGUCUCAGGAACCUCUUGGGUACAGCGUGGCUGAUGAGGAAACAGAAUGGCUCCAGUCCUUUCUCCUCCUCUUAUUCCGAUCUCUGAAGAAGCAUCCUCCCUUGCUCCUGGACACAGUGAAGAACUUCUGCGAUAUCUUGAACCCCUUGGACCAGUUGGGGAUCUAUAAGUCCAAUCCUGGCAUCAUUGGACUUGGGGGUCUUGUGUCCUCCAUAGCAGGCAUCAUCACUGUGGCAAAUCCUCAGAUGAAGCUGAAGAUGCACUGAAGUGGUUUCAGACUGAAGACUAGUGCCUGCUUUAAAGACAACGUCUUAGGAUGGACAUUUGCUUGAGGCACAGACCAUGUCAUCCUGCGCAAAAGACUUGUUCACAUGAGCAUUUAGUGACCAGUGAUGUGAGCAGAGGUGGGGCCAAGAAUGGAGGAUGGGGGCGCAUGAAAAUGUGUAUGUGUUUUUUAGAGGGCUGGAGUGACUUCUGAAUUCCUGAGUAUUUUCCUUUCAUCCAACAUUUAUCGAACAUCUCUUAGGCUCAUCGUGGGAGCUUACUGUUUGCUGAAUGUAUAAAAUUGAAAAAGGCCCCAAAAAUUGAGCAUUAACAUACAGCAGCCUUUGGGCUGUGCGCCUCACUGCUUUUGCACAACUACCGUAGGUCUGAUACCCAGCCCUCUCCCAGACCUAGUAGAGGCCUCUUAUUCCUCUGAGCAGAUCCCCAGCCCCCAGCCCCCCACACCACUUCUCCCCUGGAGGCCCAUGCCAGGGCGUGGCGGGGGGCGGGGCGCUGGGCUUGCAGCCUUUCAUCAUGGCGGUCCUGCCCUUCCUCUGCCCAGAAGUAGAAUCAGAAACGCAUCGGGCACCUGCACUGGUAGAUGCGGUUACUUCAGGUAGUGCAUUGAGUAAGCAGAAAUCAGAAGCACAUAGGACUGAGGUACACAUAAUAUGGGAGGUCCACAACAGGUGCCUGUGGGUGGCCUGUGACAGAUGAGGAAACAGGUUUAAAAAACCAGCCCAGCACCUCGUUCCUCCCCAAUUCAGUGUUCUCUCGAGGAUAGUUCAUUGCCCUCCUGAUUGAGUGGAGGCGUGAGACUCCAGAAUCCUAUACCAGAAAGCCCUCUUUUAGAACUUUGUUAGUGGGUUUAUAUAAAAAUUAAAAACUGUCUAGAUUCAUCAGCUAGAUUUUUUUUUAUUUAAAGCCAUAUGACAGUUGGGGCACUACCACAUUAAUUUUCAUCGGAAGUUACGCAGUUAAGAAAUUUCAUGAAUACUCUGAAUGAAAGAGCAUCACAGUUUUCUGUGAUAGAUCAGACUUCAUACGGGGGAGGUGGUUGAGGGAGUGGAAAGGAGCACUACGGGGCUGGGGGCAUAGGCCAUUUGUUCACGGUCCUGCUUCCCCGUCUCGGGGGCUGAGUGGUUUGUGAUCGCCAGGUCCUCUGAUGCGAGGAAGUGAAGCAGAAAAAUAAGAUGCCAUCAGGUAGGAGGCCAAUGUCAGUCCUAUCAGGUAAAGCCAUUUCACUUACCUGAAUGGAAAUGAGAAAAGAAAUGUACACGAAAUAAAUUUUCCCAUAAAUGUGAAUGAGAUUUUUUUUAAAAGAUUUUAUUUAUUUAUUUGGCAGAGACACAGCGAGAGCAGGAACACAAGCAG